CAGGUGUAACAUCAGUUACCUGUCUGUGUUUUCCAGGUGUAACAUCAGUUACCUGUCUGUGUUUUCCAGGUGUAACAUCAGUUACCUGUCUGUGUUUUCCAGGUGUAACAUCAGUCACCUGGAGGCGUGGCUAAAGGAGAAAGACCUAGAGCAGGGUACUAUGGCUACUCUGAAGCCUCUGUGUCAGGCUGCCUGGCUACUGCAGGUCAACAAGACCACUGAUGACAACAUCAAAGACAUCACAGAGCAAUGCUCAGAACUCAGCCCUGUACAGGUACCGAAGCGGCAGAUUGUCAAGAUUUUGAACUCUUACACGCCCACUGAUGAUUUUGAGAAAAGGGUGGCACCGUCGUUCGUCCGCAAAAUUCAGGGCUUGCUCCAAGACCGUGAGGGGGGAUCCUCCCAGCUGAUGCUGGAUACCCAGUAUCGUUUCCAAGUCACCUUCCCCUUCACCCCGUCCUCUCAGGCCCUGGAGCUACUGGAGAUACCAUCUAGCCUCAGACUGGGCUUCCUCACCAGGAUAUAACCUCUAACCCCUGACCUCUGACCCCUUCACCCUGUCCUCUCAGGCCCUGGAGCUACUGCAGAUACCAUCCUGCCUCAGACUGGGCUUCCUCACCAGGAUCUAACCUCUGACCCCUGACUAGAGAAGCGGUCCAGUAACCUAAAGGUGGCUGGUUUUUAAUCCCAGUGAUGACAGGGGAAAAGCUGUCAGAAGAGGAAGUUGCCGCUUUCUACUAGAGUCUAAGGUGGUUCCGACUGCCAUUGUGUCCUUGAGCAAGGCACUCCUAACCAACCAAUCAAUCAAUCAAUUAAUCAAAUGUAUUUAUGAAGCUCUUUUUACAUCAGCCGAUGUCACAAAGUGCUGUACAGAAACCCAGCCUAAAACCCCCAAACAGCAAAAGCAAUGCAGAUGUAGAAGCACGGUGGCUCCAGGGAUGCUGCUCUAAAACCAACCUUUUACAAUCAUCACAGUAAUUAUGGAUUCAAAUACAGUUUGAUAGAAAUAUUAAGAUGACUCCUGACGAAUGUCUGAUGUACAGCAAAAAAUGCAGAUGCUGUGAUUUGCAGACGGAGUGAUUUACUAAAGCUUGGCAGUAUAACGAGAAACCUUACUUUCUCAGUUCAGAUGAGAUGACGAAUGUGAACUGUGUUGUUUUUAAAAAUAUUGUCUGUGUAAAUUGAGAAUGUGACCACUCAAUGUUAUUGAGUAUCAUGCACAGUAAAUAAAACAUGGCUUGUU